AGCUGACUGCGACUGCAGCUCGAGACAAGAGCAGAAAUGCAUGUGUGUGGUUGUGUUUUGCUCAAGUAAAUCUAUUAAAUGUGUUUCUUUCAUUGCUUGCAUACAAUGUGUAAGCCAUGUUGUGGUUAACUCGACCACUCGGUUAAUCGUUUUAUAACGAGCACACAACGCUGCCAUGCUCAGUUGCAGACAUGCAGUGGAAACAAUUUUCUGUCUUUGCGUUACUUCUUAACAUUACCAGAACUUCAACAACUUCAUAUGUCAUCACAGUGGAUGUGGGGAGACCAGUAGGAGAUCUUAAACACUUCUGGACAAGCACUGGUUUCUGCCCCCCGCUGCCUCACACCCAGGCCCACCAGUUUGACCUGAGCGUAGACCAGCAGCAGAACCUGGCUCAUGUGGGCUCCGUCCCUCAUGGAGGGAUCCAGCAGGUCAGGAUACACUGGAUGUUGGAGCUGGUCACUGCACAGGAUAUUGGAGGACAACCCCAGUACAACUUCACUAAACUGGACCAGCUGAUAGAUCUCUUGUGGAUAAAUGGACUCCGACCAGGUUUUGAACUCAUGGGCAGUGUCUCUAACUACUUCACUGACUUUGAAGACAAGUCACAAGUGUUUGAGUGGAGAAAUCUGGUUUAUCUCAUAGCCAAGAGGUACAUCGAACAGUACGGCCUGGGGACUGUCUCUCAGUGGAACUUUGAAACAUGGAAUGAGCCAAACAACCACGACUUUGAUAAUGUCAGCGUGUCAAUUCAAGGGUUUUUAAACUACUAUGAUGCCUGUUCGGAGGGUCUGCUCGCUGCCAGUAGUCUCCUAAAGUUUGGGGGUCCGGGGGACUCCUGUCAUUCCCCCCCACACUCACCGUACUGCUGGGCCAUGCUGCAGCACUGCUUCAACGGCACCAACUACUUCACUGGAGAGACGGGGGUCAGGAUCGACUACAUUGCCCUGCACAAGAAGGGAGGAGGCUUCUCCUUGCCCAUCCUGCAGCAGGAGAUCCAGACCAUGGGGGAGAUCCAGGAGCGUUUCCCCCGAUUCAGCAGCCUCCCUGUUUACAACGACGAGGCUGAUCCGCUGGUGGGCUGGUCCCGGCCUCAGGAGUGGAGGGCGGAUGUGACCUACGCCGCGAUGGUGGUGAAGGUUAUAAACCAGCACCAGGACCUGCUGCUGGCAGACCCAACAAGCACCAUCAACUACACCCUGCUCAGCAACGACAACGCCUUCCUCAGCUACCACCCGCACCCCUUCACCCAGCGCACGCUUACCGCUCGCUUCCAGGUCAACAACACCCAGCCGCCUCACGUGCAGAUCAUCAGGAAGCCCGUCCUCUCCGUCAUGGGCCUGCUGGCUCUGCUAGGAGAGACGCAGGUCCUCUCUCAGGUGUUGAGCUCCGCAGGUACUAACAGCACAGUGGGAGUUCUCGCCAGCAUCCACAGCCCUGUAACAGAGCGCGGCUCCGACAGCUGGCAGGCCGCCCUGCUGCUGUUCAACAGUGACGACAACAGCAGCUCCACCGACACUGAUGAUGUCCGCCUGUCUCUGAAGGGACUGGCUGCACAGAAGGGUCUUGUGUAUGUUGCAUAUUAUAUUGACAACAACUUAACCAACCCGUACGGGCUGUGGCAGAGAAUGGGCCGCCCCGACUUCCCCACAGCCGAGCAGUUCAGACGCCUCAGGAGCGAGCAGCACCCUCAUGUGGAUGGACCCCUGGAGGUUCCUGCUGGGGACACUCUGACUCUGAGAGCCAGACUCUCUCUGCCCUCCGUCCUCCUCGUACAUAUCUGUGCACGACCCAAAGCUGAGCCAGACCAGGUUAAUGGGUUACGCUUCAUCAGGAUCACCAAGGGCCAGGUCCUGAUCGUCUGGUCGGACCACUGUGUUGAUUCCAAAUGCAUUAAGACUUUUGAAGUGGAGUUCUCCCCAGACCACGAGGAAUUCAGCAGAAUUAAUACUCAAAACACCAUUUUCACUUCUUAUGUGUAUUCACCUGUAGACCUGCUGGUGGGCGGUCUGUACAGAGUCCGUGCUGUGGACUACUGGGGGAGGCCCGGCCAGUACUCGCUGCCGGAGAGGUACUCAGAGGAGAAAUAAACUUCUAAAUCAUUUUCUUAACAGUUUUCUACCAUGUAAAUACAUUUGAUAGAGAUCACUGUGCUGAUUGGAUAUGUUUUAUACAGUAUGCUGUGUCAUCUUUCUCAUCACAUUGUUAGCAUACAUUUAUCAUUUAUGCUCAUGAUCUUUGGGACAGAUGAUAGCAGAAAAUGCGACCUAUUUGUACGAAAGGGAAGAGAUAAGUAAUUAACUGAUGACACUGUUAAAAACUGUUACAAUCAGAACAAAUGUAAUGGAUUCAUGAUGAUUUUGUUAUCUUUUUCAAAAUGUGUAAUACUCUAUUUUAUUUAUACUCUUUUAUAUAAAUGUGGAAAUAUC